AUGUGCCCCUGCGCGCUGCACGGCGGGCCCCCCGCCGCUUGCCCCUGCAGCUCCGCCCGGCGCGGGGCGCGCUUCUCCGGGGCUCAGCUGGUGGCGGCCCGCCUGAAGCUGGUCGGGGAUGAGCUGCAGGAGCGGACCGCGUGGCGCAGGGCGAGCAGCAGGCGAGCUGCGGCCGGGAGAAGCCUGGCCACCUACCUGUGUCUGCUGUGCGCCGCCUCGCAGGUGGCCGCGCUGGUCUGGCUGAUCCGCAAGAGGAGCUGGUAGGGACAAGGGCUCGGGCAGGAGCUGAGAGCAUCCGGGAAGAGCAACAGGCUGGAGAAAACCCUGCACCUUUGGAGAAAAUCAUUUCCCCUUUCCCUGCAGGGAGUACAGAGUCUGAGCAGCAGCUGUGAUGAAUGGAGAAAGAAGAGGAGGAGGAUGAAAGAGGCUGGAGCAACAUGAAAGAAGAUUUGUACUGAAGGAGCUGUUCAAGUGCCCAGCAGCAAAACAGAGACACAUACAUGCUUAUAUAGAGAGCAUACGUUAAUACAUGCAUGCCUUGUUGAGAACGUAAGCAACAUUCCUUUUAGAUAACUGUGGUCUGAGCGCUUGCGCUCCUGCAGUUUGAGUCAAAAGAUUAGUGAUGUCUUUGCUGUAGUGCUAACACUUUCCUCACCAGGCAUUGUCUAUGGUAUGGCACACAUCUGCCCCUUUAAAUGUAGAAGUGUGAACAAUCACUUGCAAACCCAGGGCUAAAUAAUACCUGCGGAUAGUGCAUUUGCUGCAAAUAGGCAUUGGCUUGUCUUGGGAGGUGUGGAAAGGGGUGUUUAGCAGUUUUGACAAGAGACAGUUUGUGUGUGUAUAUAUUAAGCUCUGUGACAUCAGGCGAGAUAUGCUUUUCUUAUGACUGUACUUUCUCUGGUGCUACAUUUAAUGUUUGUCUAGGGCUAAACUGUCUCUUUGUGGUGCUACAGUUUUACCAGGAUAAUGUUCUGAAACAUGAGCCUGGGAGAAAUAUAUUUUGGUUAUUAAUAUUUAUACACAAAAACUAGGUUGAGAAGGUGCUAUUUUCCUUUCGUUCUACCUGUAAAUAAAUUAGCAAGCAAGCAAACAAAACACACCAGCCAAUCUAACCCUGAACUUUAUAAAACAACUCACUUUGGGACAGCUCAUCUCUUGUUUUGCUGGAAUGUACCACAUGAUAUGAUAGCGGUUGUGCAGAACAGGAGAUUCUUUUCAGCCCUAGAUAUUCAAAAAAGGUGGAAGGAUUUGGCCCAAUAAUCAGCUAUUUUAGAGCUUUGGGGUGGGGAGCUGGUAGGGAUGCAUGCUUAAGUACUUGCUACUCAGUAAAACCAUAGGGGUUUAAAGAGCUACAAAAUCCUCAGAGCAGUUUCUAAGGCCAUGGGGCAAUAACAGCCAUUCCUAUUAGUACUGCAUCAGCUGAUAUUCCCUUGUAAACCAUUAAUUUCAGAAGUCUCAUAAAAACAGUGAUAAAAAUGGCUCUAGGCUGGAAGUUUAGCAACUAAGUCUGAUCCGAUUGGUCAUUGUUCUCACUAAAUAUUUUUAAAAGACUGGGUCCGAUACAUCCAUAUUAAACAAGUGCAUUCUGUUAUUUCAGAGAUGUUAUGCUGGAUGAUCAGCACAAAGAAGAAUCAAACACACACAAAACAUCACUGAAUGUAAACUCAUGUGAGACAACAUUGUGCAUUACUGUUGUGAAUCAGCACACACGGCACCAGAAACAAGACUAGACCUGGCAAAAAUAUUUGCAUGGAAAUGCGUUCACAUUUACAAACAAACAAAUGCUCACCAGAACAGGACAUUAAACAAAUAUUGCAGAAUGCUCACAGAAAGUCACUGGGGUGUUUGCACCCAAAGAUUGAUUUUUUACUAAUUAUGGUGGAGAUUACAAAUGCCACAAAGGGAUGUCAGAUGCACAACUUCCAUUGACUUCCAAUGGGAAUUGGGCACAUACCUGCUCUUCCAGGCUUUGAAUAUCUUCCUGUACUUUCAUCCCACCAUAGAACAGAAAUGUACCAUGUGAUCUUUACAUCCAAUCAGAACUGACUGAAUUUUGGAUACUUGCAGAGAAGAGUUUUGAUGCAGUCUCUAGGCUGAAAUCUAUGCGUCAAACAUUCAUCAAUUUUCAGGCACACCGGCACGUGUGUGUGGGAAUUACUGGUUCUUGAACAACUGAUCAACAGGGAAAAGGGUGUAAAGAAUAAUUUUUUCCCAGCUCAAAUUAUGACAUACAGUGCAUCAAGAAUGAAACAGCUCCUCUGCUGAGGAGAUUUGGACGGGACACGGCUACAAAUGGACCUCAGUCUCUUCCAUACCACAUUUGGGGCCUGGUGCUGAACACUGUUAGCUCCCCUUGGGUCCUAUCUCACUCCUACUGAAGUAAAUGGAAGUUUUGCUGUUGACUUCAAUGGGAGCAGCCUUAGGCCUGCUGAUUUCAGCAAGUGUGAUGGAUCAGGCUGGAUCAGGCUGACUAAGAAAACCAUAUACAUUUAAGAAAAUAAAUCACAAAGGAAAUUAAAUUAGAUAUUUUAUUAUGAUAUCCUAUACAGACAGGAAUCCUGUAUGGAGAUGGCUAGGAGACAAGGCCACUUCAUGUGGCAAAUGAUCUGGUUUAUGUUUAUUUGUAUAGGACAGACGGGGACCUCCCCUCCCAUGGAAUAUCCUCUCCUUUCUAAAUUAUCGGCUUCCUGCCUCUAAACAGUUAAUGACUUCCCAGUUGAGGGAGGUAUUGGUCCCCUUCCCUUUAAGCGUGUGUAGUUCGCAUUAUCAUUUGCUAACUAUAUUAUGAUCCAUGGGCUACCUCGGUCUGCAGCUUCAAGACCUUAUGUGGCUUUCGCCCCAUCUAGGGCUUUCAUAACCCAGUCACGGAUAAGCCACAAUCCUGUGACACAGUGAGACAGUUUAAGGGCAUGAGGGACAGGUUCUGCUCUCAGUGUUGUGUCCCUGGUCAGCGGGAGCUGCUUCAAUCAAGGUGCCGAGACUCAACAAUGAGGCACACAGCACUGAUCAAACCUGCGAAGUCCCUUAGUACAGACAAGGCUCAAUGUAAAAUCCAGGAAGGAUUCUCUGGAGGAGGACCCGGCCGAGGAUGGGGAUACGGGGUGAGGAGAAGAGGGACAGAGACCUCUUCAGCGGUUCCCAAGAAUACAAAAAGACAUGUUAUGCCCAGGAAGGCUACAACCAUAUCAACAGCAUUUCACAGGUUUAUGUGAGAACAGAAUUUGGCACAGGAAUUCCACUUGAGCUCUGACUUGCCUGGCUUUUGUAGGCUUAAAUCAGAUGUUUUGUGUGAAUGGAAUAUUAGGUUUACGGAGACUUAAUCUAACAGCUGAGUCAAGGAAACUUUGCUAGAGAAGUCUCUUGGCAGAAGCUUUACAGCCAACAUUCUCUGUAUAUAAAUUCAGUGAUUUACUAGAGGGUGUGUAUUUGUCUAAGCCUUACAUUUUCUGGUAUAAAUGACUAUACUUGAAUGCCUCCAUCUUUUGACAAGGAGUGUUUUUAUGCUUUUUUUUAAAAAAAAAAAAACAGAUUCAACUCCAGUUGAUAUUUGUAUUUGGAAACUAAUACAUGUUGUGUACUCUCCAUCAUUGUUCUUGUUCAUUACAAGGACUGCGCAAGAUGGUAGUGGGGGGCGGGGUUGUACUUUCCUAAUGUGAAGGAAGCCUACACAGUCCCUCGCUCUUCUCUCCUUUUUACAGCAGCCAAGAAGCCAUUGAUUUUGAUUAGCUCUGCAGUGGAGCCUCUGCAAAGAGCGGGAGUGCUCUCUACAUGAAAAAAAAGACCUCAUCUUAGGUUUCAGCAGACAGUGUGUGUGCAAGCCAGGGAAGGAGGUUAUGAGAUCAUAGUCUGUAUGGAAUGCUGCAUAAUGUGACUGUGAAGAAAGUCUUUAUUAAUUUUUAAAGCCACACUCGCAUGAGCUAGAUCCCAUUGCACAUUGGAACUGCACAUUUCAAGUUAGAAAUGCAGCUAAGAAUAGGAUAAAUACUGCCCCCUCAUCCCCGCCAUCACUAGGCCAAAUUUAUUCCUGGUGUAAGUCCAUUGACUUGGAGUCAAUGGGGUCAUACCCAGGGUUGAAUCUGAUCUAGUGUUUCUAGAUUUCGACUCUUUCUUGGAAUGAUUUUCACCAGCUAAAAGGGAAGGUGUGGAAGCCAUUUUACCCCUUCUAUAUUACAAGGAUAUACAUGCACGCCAACAUUUGUGUGUCCUAGAACAAGUUACCAUUUGGAGGCAGAGCAAGUCAUCCAAAUACAUGGUUUUGUGCUGAUGAGGCUUAAUUGAUCCACUGACCGCUUGUGUACACAUUGAAAUUGCACCAAUUUAACUAAAUCCUUCCCUAAAUCAGUGUAGUUAAAUCAGUGCAGCUCCCUUGUGUGGACACUUCGAACAGUUUAAAAAACUUAACUUGGUUUGUUACCAACCUAAACAAAAUAGAGAGAAGACCCUCAAAUCCAUUUUAGAGUUUCCAGAAAGAGGGCAGCAGCUAUUUAACUACAUAGAUUUAGAAACAGAUUUAGUUAAGUGGGUGCACUUCCAUUGUGUAGAGUGGGCCUUAGACUUCAGCACUUUCUCUGUUCUUUUGCAACAGGUAAACACUUGACUAAGUGCUGCUACAGCCAUAUUCCUCAUACCAUAAACCUUGGAGAUAAAGAAAGAAGCAUUUCCCUAUGGGAGCAGGUGGAGAACAGAGAAGUGAGGCAGCAGGAAACCCUUCUUUUGAUAAGCCAAUUUCCCUUGUAGAAAAAAAGUGUUGAUAAUGGGACUGGGUCCCAUGUUGGCAGGCCCAGCUUUAUUUUUUUCCAGAUUUCUUUAUGAACAGCUUAGAGAGGAUAAUUAUUCCUUUAGAAUAAGCCUGAGUUAAAUGUAACAGAACUAGGGACAGCUCCAAACCAAACCCCUGGAUCCAAACACACCAAACCUUGUGGAAUUUUGGAUACAGAGCCACACUUAGCAGCUAGACCCUACCUCUGUAACAUAUUCCCACAUUCACAUCCCUCUACAUUUUGGACAAGUUUAAUUCUGGAGGCAAACUCUGUGGUUUAGCCUCAUCUAUACAAGCUGCUCUUUGUGGUUCAUCAUGUUCAUCUUGUUCAUCUCAUGGGACAGAAGCUUUGAAAACACUGGCAUGAUUGAUUACAACCAUGUUAAUCAAAGUCAAAACCUACUUAAAGCAUGAACAAUGGGUGACUUAAGAACAUAAGAACGGCCAUACUGGGUCAGACCAAAGGUCCAUCUAGCCCAGUAUCCUGUCUACCAACA